AUGGACACCAAGGUUUCGGUUGUUGAUCCAGACAGUUUCACUUUCUCCUCGGAGGAUCUCGAGGAUCCACAGUUCUUCACCACGGAUCCUAAUGCGCUUCGAAUUCUCGAACACGCGUCGAAACUACUUGCCGAAGAUCAGGUGAUUGCAAUACCCACCGAGACAGUCUAUGGUCUGGCCUCGAAUGCACUUCAUCCUGAGGCCAUCAAAAAAAUAUACAAAGUCAAAAAUCGACCAUCGGAUAACCCUCUAAUAGUUCAUAUCUCCUCCUUGAAAAUGUUAAGGUCUUUAUUGCCGAACAACGAAAUACCCGUGAUUUAUGAAUCCGUAAUAAGAAAAUUCUGGCCAGGGCCAUUAACAAUAAUAUUGCCAAAAUCCGAUUUGAUCCCAUCCGAAAUAACGUGCAGUCAACCCACAGUAGCUGUCCGAUUCCCUUCACACCCUGUCGCUCGAGCAUUGAUAUCAAAGUGUGGGUUCCCAUUGGCCGCACCUUCGGCCAACUUAUCGGGAAAACCUUCACCCACUCUAGCAUCCCACGUGCUGACAGAUUUAAACAAAAAAAUAUCAUUGAUCAUAGAUGGCGGGCAAUGCAAUUUUGGAGUGGAGUCCACGGUGUUGGAUGCGUUUGGGACAAGGGGUCCAGUAAUAUUACGUCCCGGUGGCAUUACAUACGAGGAAUUGAUUAAAAUACCGGAGUUUGAGGAGCUGCGAGUGUAUAACAAGGAUUAUAUAGAUGAAAAACUCGAAAUGGCACCUACCACACCGGGAAUGAAGUAUCGCCAUUAUUCUCCUAACGCAAAAAUGGUGUUAAUAGACGCGGGUGGUGAUGUUGACACGAGAAAUAUAAUAGAGAGGGAAAUGCAAGGGAUGAUAGAUGAGGGGAUGAAAAACAUUGGAAUCUUGGUCACCAGAUCGAACAAGAUGUCGGGUAGUUUACAAACGACAUCACGGAAUAUCAUUGAAUACUCCUUAGGCGAUCCCACGUGUCCCGAACAAAUCGCCAGGGAACUAUUCAAGGGAUUGAGAUACCUUGAUGAGCGUAAGGUGGAUUGCAUCAUCGUGGAAGGGAUCUCUGAGGAUAAAGAGGGAUUGGCGGUUAUGAAUCGAUUACGUAAAGCCGCAUCUAGCACCCUAGUAGAAUAG